AUGGCGCACCAGCAAGUGCCGGACUUCGACGACGAGAAAGACAACUGGAAGGCGUAUGUCAUCAAGGCAGAAGCAUACUUUGAGGCAACACGGUUGACAGAGUCAGCCAAGAAACGGGCGUUUUUGGUGGCAGCCUUAAGUACUCGCACUGUCCAGAUACUAUCAGGAAGAAUAGCGCCGAAGAAGCCUAUCGUGAAAGCAUUGGACGAGUUCUUUGAUCCCAAGCGCCAGGAGAUUGCAGAAAGUUUCCGCUUUUUCAUCCGCUGCCAGCUGGACGGUGAGGCUCCGUCUACCAACACACAGGUCCUUUCGGAUAUAAUCUCCGAGUUUGCAGACGUCUUCAGCUCGGAACUAGGCCUCAUCAAAGGACCUGCGGCGCAGCUUCAGCUGAAGGAAGGGAGUACACCCAAGUUCUACCACCAGCCGCUCCUGGGCCUGCUGAGAUCAGAUCGGCCAACUCCACCACUGGCAGCUGCUCGUAUACAGUGCUGGGCGCUGUAUUUGGGCGGAUUCCGCUACAAGCUGCAGUAUUCUCCAGGCAAAUCAGGUGAAUCAGAUGAGGGGACCCUGGCACCGUACACGAAUGUUUACAUCCGCAACUUUGGCAAGGGUGAAAAGUGGGAGACCGGUACGGUAAAGUCCGCCGACGGAGCGAGGAUGGUGACAGUCGAGACGCCAGAGGGCUUUGUUCGGAGACAUGUGGAUCAAGUUCACACAAGGAGAGACUCGGUUGAACCCCACCGUGACAGGGAAGGGGAAAGUAUGCCUAUGUCGAGAACUACGCAAGAAACUUCCGGAUCAGGGCCAAACGUAAAGGCGGAACUCCGUGAGCCACCACACCAGCUGCAGUCAUCAUCCCCAACCCAAGACCAGGAAAAGCAGAAGUCCAGGAACCUACAGUGA